AUGUCUACAAUCAAAGUCGCAAUAGCCACCAACUCCUUGGGCAAGUCCGCUGCCGGCCACAAAAUUCACCGGAAACUAGAGGCCGCCAAAUCCCACGGAUUCGACGGUGUAGAGGUUGCCUUUGAAUGUCUCGAAGCACACGCUGCUACAUUCACCUCGAUAACAACCCGUAACGAAAAGCUACGCGCCGCUGCCUCGGAUGUUUAUGCCAAGGCAACUUCUCUCUCACUCAGACUCAUUGCACUGAAUCCAUUCCGGGACUACGAUGGCCUAAAAAAUGCACAGGAGGUAGAUGCACGACUGAAAGAAGCUGAGUUGUGGUGCCAACUAUGCCAAAUCAUGCAUAUUCCAAUCUUCCAGAUCUGCUCAGCACUCUAUCCUAUUGAGGAAUCCAGAAUCACCUCAGACCCAGCCGUGAUAGCUACCAAUAUGAGAAAACUUGGUCUCCUUGCCCAAAAAUACAAUCUGCGGGUUGGGUAUGAAGCUCCUUCAUGGGGUAUUCAUAAGAAUACCUGGCAGCAUAUCCAGGAGGUGAUUAACAUAGUCAACCUUCCCAAUGUGGGACAUUGUCUCGAUACAUUCCAUAUUGCGUCGAAAGAGGCCGGGGACCCGUUUAAUGCGGCUUCGCCUGUUCGGAAGGAUGGCUAUGAGAGACUUCGGAAGAGUUUGGAUGAGUUGAAGCGGAUUAUUGAUCCAAGCACAAUUACUUAUCUGCAGCUGAGUGAUGCGACUGUUGCCGAUCCAGAGCAGAGAGGGUAUGUGGUGAAGGACUUAAAUCAACCCCCUUUAAUGACUCAGUCGAGGAAUUGUCGCAUCUUUCCUUGCGAGGAGAAGCUUGGGGGUAUAUUACCUGCUGUUGAGGUGGCCAAGGCCAUUUUUGAUAUAGGGUAUACUGGUUGGGUAUCUAUGGAGGUCUUCCAUACGGAUAUGUUUGAUAGGCGGGCUUCAGUUCCCAAUGACUGGGCGAGAAGAGGAAUGGACUCUUGGCGAGAGGUUAUCACUCGCUGUGGACUUGAUCGUCGCGCAAACAUUUGA